ACUACUCAGAUCCUUGGCAACGACACAAGACAGAUUCCCGACUUGAAGGAGCCGUCAUCGCUCGCCUAUCAUCGCGAACAUCCCAGAUACCAUCCCGAUAGACACGUUAAAUUGAUGUACUAUCCAUAUUCCGCGCCUCCGCCCCAGGGUUGGUCUGGUGGCUACCCUCCUGCGCAGCCGUGGGUUCCUCCGCCACAACCUUACUCCCAAUACCCUUCUCCGGGACCUCCGCCACCGCAACAAUAUCCCCCACCACAUCCUGGCCACUACCCUCACCCGGCAUCCUGGCAUAGUCACACACCGACACCGCCUCCCCAUCCGUCUUCUCCCUACCACAGGCCGGCACACUCAUGGGCCCCUUCUCUUCCCCGGCGGCCACCGCAGGAAGCGCAACACUUCGGCCACGGCGCUCCGUCGAACUAUCGAUUCCAAUACUCGGAUUGUACCGGCCGACGCAAGGCACUUUUAAUCGGCAUAAACUACAUCGGUCAGCCGAGCAAACUGCAUGGCUGCAUCAAUGAUGUCUCUAAUAUGUCUGUGUUCCUCCAUGAGAAGCAUGGUUACCGGCGAGAAGACAUGGUGAUCCUCACCGACGACCAACAGCAUCAACUGAGCGUCCCGACCAAAGCCAAUAUCUUGCGGGCUAUGCACUGGCUGGUCGAGGGGGCGCGGCCAAACGACUCGUUGCUGAUUCAUUUCUCCGGGCACGGUGGACGGACCCCCGACUUGGAUGGCGAUGAAGAAGAUGGAUAUGACGACGUUAUUUACCCCGUGGACUACCGCGUAGCAGGGCACAUCGUGGACGACGAAAUGCACGAUAUCAUGGUUCGUCCUCUGCCGUCAGGCGCUCGACUCACAGCAAUAUUCGACUCCUGCCACUCCGGUACCGCCCUGGACUUGCCCUACGUGUACUCGACCCAGGGAACCCUCAAAGAGCCCAACCUCGCCAAAGAAGCCGCGCUCGAUCUCUUCACCGCAAUCGACUCAUACGGACGGGGCGACCUCGGCAGCAUAGCGCAGACGGCGAUUGGUUUCUUCAAAAAGGCCACCAACGGCGAUUCCGCCCGCCAGCGGACGGUAUUGACCAAGACCUCUCCCGCCGACGUGGUGAUGUUCUCCGGUUCUAAAGACACGCAGACAUCAGCGGAUACCUUUAAAGACGGCGAAGCCCGCGGCGCCUUAAGCUGGGCAUUCAUCAAAUCCCUAAAAAAGGACCCAAACCAAAGCUACCUGCAGCUUCUGAAUUCGAUUCGAUCGCAGCUUGACGGCAAAUAUACCCAGAAACCGCAGCUGAGCUGUAGCCACCCGCUAGAUGUCAACCUGCUGUUCGUGAUGUAACCUUUUAUGGUCAUAGAUAGUCUGUAGUACCUACGGUAUGUGAUAUGAUUUAUGCAUGUUUGUUGGUGUUUGUUGGUAUUAUUGCAUAUUAGACUAGGAUGAAGUAAUUGGAUGAAAAAUGCUUUUGUGCUGGUCAUUGGGGCUUAUAUAUUAUGUAGAGAGUACAUCUUCCCCGCGUAGGAGAUAUGUAUCCCGUAUUUAUAACUAG